AUGGCACCCGCAGCUGCCGAUCUUCUCGCGGCGUUUGUGCCCGGCACCAGAACCUGGUUCCCGGACAAGGAACUAGGCUGGGUCGGCGCAACGCUCGCCAAGCCCGUCACAAAGAGCGCUUCCGGCGAUAUCACGCUCGAGUUUACCCUCGAUGACACGGGCGCGACAAAGACCGUCACCACUUCCGACGCCAAACUAGCAGCAAAGGACGGCGAAGACCAGCUGCCACCGUUGCGCAACCCGCCGCUCCUUGAAGCCACCGACGAUCUCACCAACCUGAGUUACCUCAACGAACCUUCCGUCUUGCACACCAUUCUCAACAGAUACUCGCAGCGCAUCAUCUACACCUACUCCGGCAUCGUGCUUAUUGCCGUCAAUCCUUUCUACGGUCUCAGCCUCUACAGCCCCGAAAUCAUCCAGGCCUACUCGGGCAGACGCAAGGGCGAGCUCGAGCCACAUCUCUUCGCCAUCGCUGAAGAUGCCUACCGAUGCAUGAUCCGCGACGAAAAGGACCAGACCAUCGUCGUCAGCGGUGAGUCUGGUGCCGGUAAGACCGUCUCUGCCAAGUACAUCAUGCGCUACUUUGCCACUGUCGAGGAUCCCGAUCGUCCCGGCAGUCGCAAGGCUGGCUCAUCAGGCAAGGACACCAGCGGCAUGAGCGAGACCGAACAGCAGAUCCUGGCCACCAACCCGAUCAUGGAGGCCUUCGGUAACGCCAAGACGACCCGCAACGACAACUCGUCCCGAUUCGGAAAGUAUCUCGAAAUUCUCUUUGACAAGAGCCACGAGAUCGUCGGUGCCAAGAUGCGUACCUACCUCCUCGAACGCUCGCGUCUUGUAUACCAGCCGGAAACCGAACGAAACUACCACAUCUUCUACCAACUCUGUGCGGGCGCACCCUCCUCCGAAAAGAAGGAUCUUGGCCUCGAAGACGCCUCCAAGUUCUUCUACCUCAACCAAGGUGGAGCCGGCAGCCACAUUAUCAACGGUGUCAACGAUGCAGAGGAUUUCAAGGCGACACAAAAGGCGCUCAGCACCGUCGGCCUCACCAUCGAGCGUCAGUGGAACAUCUUCCGUCUCUUGGCUGCGCUCCUACACCUCGGAAACGUCAAUAUUACUGCUGCACGAAACGACGCCGUCCUGGCCGACGACGAGCCGAGCCUCUUCAUUGCCACCCGCAUGCUCGGAAUCGACUCGUCCGAAUUCCGCAAGUGGACCGUCAAGAAGCAGCUCCAGACCCGAGGCGAAAAGGUGAUCUCGAACCUCACCCAGGCGCAGGCUAUCGUGGUACGUGACUCGGUCUCCAAGUACGUCUACACUUGCCUCUUCGAUUGGCUUGUCGACCAGAUGAACCGCUCGCUUGCGCUCGGAUCCUCCAAGUCGCGCGAGUCCAUGAUCGGUGUCUUGGAUAUCUACGGUUUCGAGCGAUUCAAGGUCAAUUCGUACGAACAGUUCUGCAUCAACUACGCCAACGAGCGUCUCCAGCACGAGUUCAACCACCAUGUCUUCAAGCUGGAGCAGGAAGAGUACCUGCAAGAGCAGAUUUCGUGGACUUUUAUCGACUUCUCCGACAACCAGCCAUGCAUCGACAUGAUCGAGGGCAAGCUUGGUAUCCUCUCCUUGCUCGACGAAGAGUCGCGUCUGCCUUCGGGUUCGGACGAGUCGUUCGUCCAGAAGCUCUACACCCAGAUGGACCGACGACCCGAGUUUAAGAACGCUUUCAAAAAGCCUCGCUUCGGCACUACUGGCUUCACCGUCUGCCACUACGCUCUUGACGUCGAGUACUCGAGCGCAGGCUUCGUCGAGAAGAACAAGGACACGGUCCCCGAUGAGCAUCUCAACCUCCUCAACAAUACCAGCAAUCCCUUCCUCAAGGAGGUCCUCGACACGGCCGUCAACCUGCACAAGCCCGACGACCCGAACGAAUCUUCCGCCGACUCGGCGGUUGCCAAGCCCGCACCUCGCAAGUUGCCCGGCGCCAGCAUCAAGAAACCUACGCUUGGUUCGCAAUUCAAGACGUCGCUCGUCAGCCUCAUGCACACGAUCGACAGCACGAACGUCCACUACAUCCGCUGCAUCAAGCCCAACGAAGCCAAGAAGGCCUGGGAGGUCGAGCCGCAGAACGUCCUCGGACAGCUGCGUGCUUGCGGUGUGCUCGAAACCAUCCGCAUCAGCUGUGCUGGUUACCCGUCGCGCUGGACGUUUGCUGACUUUGCCGAGCGGUACUACAUGCUCGUCUCCUCCGAUCGCUGGAACAUGUCGGACAUGGACAAAGUCAAGGCGCUGGCCACCCACAUCCUCACCACCACCAUCACUGAGAAGGACAAGUACCAGACCGGUCUCACCAAGAUCUUCUUCCGAGCCGGCAUGCUCGCCCAGUUCGAGCAGAGGCGUACCGACCGCCUCAAUGCGGUCACCACCGUCAUCCAGAAGAACCUGCGUCGUCACGUCCAGCAGAAAAAGUACCAGGCGAUGCGGACCAACUCGGUCAAGUCCCAGUCGUGGUGGCGAAUGCGCUUGGCGAUCAAGCAUGUCAACGAUCUUCGACAGGCCACCGCCGCCACCAAGAUCCAGACGAUCACGCGCGGCUUCCUGGCGCGCAAACAGUACCAGACGACGCGCCAGGCCGUCAUCAAGAUCCAGAGCGUCGUCCGUGGACGCGCCGUGCGAUCCACGUACAAGACGGCCAAGAUCGACUUUGCCGCUGCACGUCUCCAAGCGCUUCUGCGCGGUGCCAUGGCGCGCCGCCAGUACCGCAAAGAGAAGCAAGGCGUCAUCCACCUCCAGUCGUGCUACCGUCGUCGCCUCGCCAAAAAGGAGCUCGUCGCCCGCCGAAACGAAGCCCGAUCCGUCUCGCACUUCAAGGAGGUCUCGUACAAGCUCGAAAACAAGGUCGUGGAGCUCACGCAGAACUUGCAGAAACGCAUCAAGGACAACAAGGAGCUCUCGUCCAAGAUCAAGGCGCUCGAAGCCCAGAUCCUCACGUGGCAAGGCAAGCACGAGGAAGUCGAAGGCAAGAACCGUGGCCUCACCGAGGAGCUCGCCAAGCCUACCGUCGCCAUGGCCGAGUUUGAGGCGCUCGUGGCCGCCAAGAGGGAGCUCGACGCCAAGCAGGAGGCCUCGCUCAAGCGCAUCGCGGAGCAGGACAAGCGCAUCAACGACCUCACCGCCGAGAUCGAGCGCCAAGCCGACGAGCUGCAGGCGCGGUCAGAGGCCCUCAACGGCGCCACCAAGUCGUCCGAGGACGACGUCGCCACCAUCAACACGCUUCGAUCCGAGGUCGCCGGCCUGCGCGAGCAGCUCAACCGUGCCAACGCGCUCAACACGCUGCAGAAGAACUCGCAGCGCAUCGAGAACGCCGCACCGCCUGUGUUCAACAUGUCGACCGGCAAGGAGAACGGCUAUGCGGCUGGCGGAAGCAAGCGCCGUCCUCGUCGUCACAGCGAAGCUGGCCCGUGGAGCGAUGCCCCUGCUGGCCGCGACGAGCACGAGGAGGCCAUGAUGGCUGCCAAGCGCAGCGCUGCCACCGCCAACCGACAUGUCUCGGUCGCGUUUGGCCUUGAGGGUCAUCAGAUCCCCGGCUUCGGUCAGCGCAACGGCUACGACGACGAAUACGAUGAGGACGACCCGUCCGAGGAGAUCAUCCGCAUCCUCGAGAACGAAGAGCAGCUCGACGAGGACGUCCUCAAUGGGCUCAUCCGCUUCCUCAAGGUGCCGGCACCGAGCCUGCAGAACCCUCCGUCACCCAAGGAGGUGCUCUUCCCGGCGCACCUCAUCUCGCUGGUCACCAACGAGAUGUGGAAGUACGGGCUGGUGCGCGAAUCGGAGCGCUUCCUCGCCAACGUCAUGCAGACGAUCCAGCAGCACGUCAUGUCGUUCCAAGGCGAAGAGGCCAUCAUCCCGGGCAUCUUCUGGCUCUCCAACGUGCACGAGAUCCUUUCGUUUGUCUGCAUCGCCGAGAGCGACAUGCUGCAAGGUAUCGGCCCUGGCGUCGACGGGGCCGCCCGCUCGUUUGAGUGGGGUGACUACGAGCGACUUGUCACCAUCGUCAAGCACGAUCUGGACUCGCUCGAGUACAACAUCUACCACACGUGGAUGCAGGAGGCCAAGAAGCGUCUGCACAAGAUGGUGAUCCCAGCCUUGGUCGAGAGCCAGUCGCUGCCCGGCUUUGUGACGAGCGACCACUCGGGCCGACUGUUCAACCGAUUGCUUUCGAACAACUCGACGCCUACGCACACGAUGGAUGACAUUCUGGGCAUCCUCAACAAGGUGUGGAAGAGUCUCAAGAGCUACUACGUGGAGCCUUCGGUGACGCAGCAGGUGGUGACGGAGCUGCUGAAGCUGAUCGGCGUCACGAGCUUCAACGACCUGCUGAUGCGAAGGAACUUUUGCUCGUGGAAGCGCGCCAUGCAGAUCCAAUACAACAUCACUCGUAUCGAAGAAUGGUGCAAGUCGCAUGACAUGCCCGAAGGCACGCUGCAGCUGGAGCAUCUGAUGCAGGCGACCAAGCUGCUUCAGCUCAAGAAGGCAACGUUGGGCGAUAUCGACAUCAUCUACGACGUUUGCUGGAUGCUGACGCCGACGCAAAUCCAGAAGCUCAUCUCGCACUACUACGUAGCUGACUACGAGAAUCCGAUCUCGCCCGAGAUCCUCAAGGCGGUAGCAUCGAGGGUGGUGCCCAACGACAGGAACGACCACCUGCUAUUGCCGCCCGAGGUGGACGAGGCUGGUCCGUACGAGCUGCCGUUGCCGAGAGAAGUGACGGGCAUCGAGACGUACUGCCCGGCGUACAUUUCGGUACCUGCCAUUCGACGCUUGGCGAGCCGCGUAGCGUAA